AUGGGUAACGAAUUGUCACGUAAAAUCUCUUACAAAAAGUCUACAAUCAAAAAAUUUAAACCUCGUCGCAUCACCAUACCUACCAUCCGUCAUAGAAAUCUGUCUUCGAACUCCACAAUGUAUUCUCACCACGACCUUCACCAGUCACCUCAAUCCUCUCAAAUAAAAUGUAGGCACUUUUUCCGUUUUUUUGAUGAUCAAGGAUGUGUGGUUUAUGAGGCUACGUGGCUGAAUGGUCGAAGAUGUAAAAGAGGAAAGAAUGAAAAGGGAAGACGAUGUUCAAGAACUGAACCUAUUAAAGUUGUGUUAAAGAGCAUAAAAAAUUCUAAAAAUAUGUCGAAUUAUUAUAUUAAGAGUUUAAAAGAAUACUAUCGAUACAGCGCAUUGAUAUGUCCUCAACGGAUUCAAAACUAUUUAGAAUUCUAUGGAGUAACACAAAACCCAACUUCUGGUGAAUACAUGCUAGUAAUUCAACAUGCGACUUUCGGAAGUCUACGUCAAUUCAUGCAUGCUUCUCCCUCUACCUUCGCCUCCUUCAAAUGGUCCGAAAAACUUUGGUGGUUAUGCGAUAUCGCUUCUAAUCUCCUCGUAAUUCAUAAAUCACGCUAUGUUCAUGGAAAUUUACAUACUGGUAAUAUCCUCCAAGUCGGUAUGGACGAACGAGAGACCUAUUCGACGAUAGCAGAUUUAGGAUUGUGUAUACCAGCUAAUAGUAUUUCAUCAAUUGCUACAUGUGAGAAAUCAUUAAAUGGAUUAAGGCCACAGAUUCCGAACACACUUGCACCGAAACGUUUUAGAAAUUUAGUGGAACGCUGCUGUCACCCGGAUCCAUUGGAAAGACCUACCGCGAAACAAUUGAAGUAUAUUUUCGAUUAUUGGUAUCAGUGUGCAAUUGGAAAUUUGAGACGCGACUCUAGGUGUAUGAAGAUCAUGAACGAAUUUUUAAGAGCUGAUGAACAAGCUAAUAUAUUAUUUCAAGAAAGUGAGAUGUUUGAGCAAGAAGAAGAAAUGAAAGAUAAAACUUGGUUCACAAGUAGGUUAUGGACUUUUAAGUUGAAUAAUGACUCUAUUACUGAGUUAAUUACUUCAACAGAAAUUAUGGAGAAUUGGGAAAUGCAGCAAUCACAAAAAUCUGAACAAAAAUCACAACGCAUUACUACAGAGCCUGAAAAUAAUACUUCUAGUG